UAAAGCAUCCAAGAUGGCGGGUCAUAACGCAGGGGAUCCACUGGAAUGUUUUAGUAUUCCAAUAGUGCUGCACAAGGACCCGGACCAUGAUGAACGUGGAAACCCAGUGACAGGGCCAGAUGGCAAACAGAGAUAUCGAUGUGGAUUUCGUAUCGGAGGAGGCAUUGAUCAGGACAACGCAAAAUCACCUCAGGGUUACCCAGAUAAGGGGGUCUAUGUGACCUAUAUUCAUGAGACGGGCCCUGCAGCAAGGUGUGGUCUACAAGUGCACGACAAACUGUUACAGGUGAACGGCCAUGACUUCACGGUUGUGACUCACAAGAAGGCCGUGGAAUACAUUCAGAGGAAACCUGUGCUGAACAUGCUUGUGUACCGCCCGGGGGUACCUGACCUCCAGCGACAGGAGAGGCACGGACAGACGCAGUUCCAGUCCUUCUCUCAGAACCCUGGGGACUUCGCCAUGCAUGGAUAGGCCUGGGGCUGUAGUCACAAAGCAUCUUAAGUUUUCGGUGAUAGAAAUGGGCCCAAGUCAUGCACUGGAGAAUUUGAACUGGGUCUACUCUGCUUAUAGAACAUAUCGUACCCAGUGUAUGACAUAGCUGUCAGUUCCAAUGGCAUCUUGCUUAUAGAACGAAAUAUGUUGAGUGGAUGACAUAGCAAUCUUUGUCAGUGGCAUUUUGCUUAUAGAACACUUGUAAUAGUAGUAUUUUGUGAAGGGUUUUAUGCAUUUGAGAUUUGUAAACAGAAAUUUGUAUUUUACAAAUGUGUUCUUUAUACUUGUUUUGGUAUGAAUAUUUUGUGUGUAUUUUUAUGCCCCCGGUAGAGUGGCAUAUAGCAAUUGAACUGUCCGUAAGUCAGUCUGUCAGUCUGUGCGUCCAUCCGAAAACUUUAACAUUUGCCAUAACUUUUGCAGUAUUGAAGAUAGCAACUUGAUAUUUGGCAUGCAUGUGAAUCUCAUGGAGCUGCACAUUUCGAGUGGUGAAAGUUUAAGGUCAUCCUUCAAGGUCAAAGGUCAAAUAUAUGGCUUCAAAGCGGCGUAGUCGGGGGCAUUGUGUUUCUGACAAACACAUUUAUUGUUUAUGUAUGUUUUCCGGAGUGUUAUUGUGCUCAUUUUGAAUACGUCCUUUAUUGGUUGUUUAUUCUUAUCACCAAUAAAGUGUGAAGUUUGACAUGAUCUGCAUACACAGUUAGACAAUAAAAGAUGGAAUUGAUUUUCAAGAUCAGCAUUUUAUUAAGGGUUCUCAUUUGCAUACAUUUUCUCAUCGGUUGACUCAUACAUGCCAGAAUUUUUUAGGUCCAAAGCGGGACAUUCCUUAAAAAAUUGUCGGGACAUUUGACCAAAAAGCAGGACACCUAAAACGAUCUAUCAUUCCACCAUUAAAACUGUAGUCAGUAUAGUACUAACAAAAACUCUUGAUACUUUUAUUCAAGACAUAAAACAUCUGAUAUGAAGCAUGAAAUCUAAAACAUAACAAUAACAGUUUUAUUAAAUAAGACAAAAGCAAACAACGAAGAAAAUAUUCAUCUUUUUAGAGUACAAAAUCUGGAACAUUACGACAACAAUACUCAUUAUACUACUUUCAAUGGCAAACAUUAACGCAGGGGAGGCUAUCCAGUACACUGAAAGUACGGGUAACAGUAAACUAUCUAAGACAAGAUGGGUACCACUUUUACUGUUUGUUGCAAUGUUUUUUAAGCAUGUAUCCUUGCGCAGUUUGUUACUUGUAAAUUGUCGCGGCUUAAUUGGAGUAGGGUCAAACUGUCAUGCAUAGCACCUCGUUGUUUUUAGCUUAAUUGGAGUAGGGUCAAACUGUCAUGCAUAGCAUCUCGUUGUUUUUAUUAUAAUAACACCCAAUUACACUAGACAGGAUGGGUAUCACUUAUUGGACUGUUUGUUGCGAUUUUGGUAUAUUGCACAUUCGGAUUAUCCCGCUAUUUUGGAACUAAACAUUAAAUGUAAAAGACUCAUUAAUGACGUAGAGUUAAUUUUACAAAACAAUUGUUUUGUAAACCGUUUCAAACAAAGACAAAAACAAACACAUUUUCAACAUUUAUUUCAUUAUAAUACAACUAUCGAUAGCAAUAAGCGACCACUAUCUUGAAGACCACCAUGGUGUGAAUGCCUGAUAAAAUCAAUAAUUAGCCGAUAAAUCGCUGAUAAGGUGUCAUAAACAACACUGGUACACACGAGAAGUAGAAUCAUAUUGUUAGUUGAGGGCAAUAAAGGGAUUAGCGGUGGUUAGUGUUAGCAAAACAGAGCUUGAAUAGCGAAUUUUUUGGGAACCGAUAGACCUUACCAUCGUUUUUUACGAAUGUCGGGACAAAUCAUCUCAUACCGGUGUCGCCGGGACAAAGGGCCCAAAAGCGGGACUGUUCUGCCGAGAUCGGGACGUCUGGCAUGUAUGGUUGACUGGUAAAGUUGAUUUCUGGAAUCACUCUUGGAAUUUAACGCUACGCAGUGUACUGUACUGACAAUAGUUACAAAUAUUGAUGAAACUGAUCUGAUCAUUGCCUGAACUUGUGGUACAGGUAACCGUAAAAUAAUUUACUUGUAAAAAUUCCAGAUGUAAGUCUAGAAAUGUUGCAUUACACUGCCAGCCUUUUGAAAUGUUUGUCGGUAAUGGGCUGACGAUAUUUUGCCAUUUCUGAUAGUAUCUCUUCAUUUGAUAGUAAUUUAUUAAGAAAUUUGUUGUUAUGGCACAAAAUUAAUAUAUUAAGAUGAAUAAUAUUGAAUCAAUUGUUGAUAGUUGUACUUACUAAAUAAUAAUUCAUUUUUUAAGCCAUACAAUAAAGUUGAAGUAAUGAUUGUGACAAACUGUCUGAUCUUGCCAGCAUUAUAUUGGUUUUUUGCAUGUUGAUGUUUAAACAUAGUGUUUCCUCAAACUCCGCAUUUAAAAAAUGAAAUACAUUUAUGUUUGUUUUAUUUGGUUUAUUUUGAAAACACUCUUUUAUUUUAAUGCCCCGGUGGAAUAUAGCAGUUGAACUGUCCGUCAGUCAGUCCGUCCAUCCGAAAACUUUAACAUUGGCCAUAACUUGCAAUAUUGAAGAUAGCAACUAGAUAUUUGGCAUGCAUGUGUAUCUCAUGGAGCUGCACAUUUCGAGUGGUGAAAGGUCAAGGUCAUCCUUCAAGGUCAAAGGUAAAAAAACAAAUUAAAGGGAAGUAAUAAGCUUUAAAGGGAGAUAAUUUCUAUUUAUCAUUUGGCAGGUACAGAUAAUUUUAACAAGGGAAGUAAUAUGCUAUUAUAUCCCUUUAAAAAUAUUACUUCCCUUGUAAAAAUGAUCUGUACCUGCUUAAUGAUAAAAAAAAAAUUAAAGGGGCGCAGUAGGGGGCAUAGUGUUUCUGACAAACACAUCUCUUGUUCUUAAUAUGUUUGUGUUUGUUGUUUUGAAAUUAUUAAUAAUAAAAUUGUGGCUGAUUUGGAUCUGUAUGACUCAUUCAGUUAUAUUUUAACAUUCCAGUGAGGUAAUAAUAUACUUAAACAUUAUUAUGUUUGACAUUUAAUUUGUGAAGACUUUGAGUAGAGAUAUCCUCUGUAUAACUUUCUUAAAUAACUUUUUUUUCAUAACUACUACAUUUUAUUUUGAUAUCUAUGACAAUGUUUCCCUUCAAUUACUCAUGUUGUUACUGUUGAUUUGAUUCUUAGACUAUGUUGCUUAUUUGAAAUGAGUGUUCAGGAUGGCAUUUGUUUUAAAAUAAUUAUAUGCUAAAUAAUACUAAUGAAGAAAUUAGAAAAAAAUAUACAAUCAACCCUACAUAUUGUAUCAACAAUUACAUCAGGUAAUUAAUUUCAAUAUGUCAUUAUUAAAUGGUUCUUAUUAUUUGUAUGCCCCCAAAGGAGGGCAUAUUGUGAUCGGACCGUCUGUCCGUCCGUCUUUCCGUCACUCUUUGCGUUUAGAUUUCGCGUUUAGGUUUCAAAAAAUGCUCAUAACUUCUAUGACGCUUCAGAUAGCAACUUGAUAUUUGGCAUGCAUGUGUAUCUCAUGGAGCUGCACAUUUUGAGUGGUGAAAGGUUAAGGUCAUCCUUUAAGGUCAGAGGUAAAAAAAAAAAAUUCAAGGAAGUAAUAAGCUUCAAAGGGAGAUAUUUAUCUGUACCUGCCAAUGAUAAAAAAAUAUUAAUUAAUCAAAGCGGCGCAGUAGGGGACAUUGUGUUUCUGACAGAAACAUCUCUUGUUCUUUUACUUUUAACUACGGUAAGCUUAAAUUUAAUUUUCUGGGAAUGCUGCUGUUAUUUUUCUCUGAAAAAUGAGAUGUAAGGUUAUUAGUUGUUUAAGUUUCUUAAACACAAGGGAUCUGCUUUACAAAAAUUCAGGCACUCGGAGAAAAAUAUUUUGUUUCUACAGAUUUUCUUCCUUUCAUUGCCAAGCUGCUUUUAUUACAUAUAACAUAAGAUGUUUUCUUUGGUUGAUAUAUUUUAAAAUGAAGCAAUUCAGUGUGUGCAUGCCGUGGUUCCAAAAUCUUACCCCUGGUCAUAAUGUACUUUAUAAAGUGAUUUGUUUUAAGCAGCGCAUUUUUGAAUGUGUGAGUGUAAUAUGUGUGUGUUCUUAUUGUUGGUUGUGUCAAACUUUAGUGCAAUAAGGAAGUAGUUAUGAAUUGCUGUGUAAUUAGAACAGUAAUUUCUUUAUAAUAAGGUUGAAGGUGCUUUUCACUUAUAAAAUAUUGUGAUAUAAUAUUGUGCAGUUAUGAGAAUUUAGUGAAUACAGUUGUAAAUGAAAAGGUAAUUAUAUAUUCAUACAACUGCCUCUGAACAAAGAAAAUUCAUAAUCUUAGGAAAUAAAAAUAUGCAUUGUAAGUCAUUUAGAAUCUGUAAUCUUUUAAUUUAGAAAAGUGCAUUUUUUUAUUGCAUUGUCCAUAGCAUACAGAUGUUUUAUAAGAUAUGAUCUCUGGAAAUACGGGGCUCAAUGCAGGUGCAGAAUGAAUCUUCCUAGAUUAGCCUGUGCAGUCUGCACAGGCUUUUCAGGGAUGCCACUUUCGGCCCAAACCAUAAUUUUGCUAACAAGAGACUUCUUGUAAUAGAAAGAUACACAUAAAGCAGACAGAUUGUUUGCAGACUGCACAGGCAUAUUUGUGACUACACUUUACGCACAUGCAUUAAACCCCCUUUUCACAGAGAACAGCUUAUAUGUUUUUUCUCCAAUAUGUUGAGAUAUGGAAUGUCCCAUAUGACCAUGUAUUCUGUUAUACAAAGUGAACUGAAUGUCGAUACAUUUGUAUACAAGGUCAAAUAUUGCAGUUUAAAAAUAGUUUUUGUUUAAAAAAACAUUGUGUAAAAAGUCCAAAUACUCUUAUACACUUUACAUAUCAUUACCAUAAUAUACUUUACCUUAAAUGACUAGAUUAUUUAACCAAAGUUAAUUUUUUAAUUCAUGAAAAUUAAAACUUUUCUCAGGGUAAUUCUUAUUGUGGGUUGUCCCCCUUAGUAACAGUAUGAAAGCACUGUUGCAUUAACGCUUUGCUAUUUUGAAGUUCUCAUAAUUAGUGAUUAUACAGUCUGAAAUUGACACAUGUUCUCUCUAAUGUCUUUAUUGUGUCUUUGUACUCAAUUGUUUACUCAUAAUCUUCUAUUUACAAGCAUAGUUGAUGUUUUGUAGUAUUGUUAAUAUAAAUUUUGUGUAAUUUACAAUAGCUGCUUUUGUGAACUGACAUAUCUUUUGUAUAUUUUUAUGCCCCCUCUUGAAGAAGAAGGGUCAUAUUGUUUUGCACAUGUCGGUCAGUCUGUCGGUCCGUCGGUCGGUCCGUCCACCGAAUGGUUUCCGGAUGAUAACUCAAGAUCGCUAUGCCUAGGAUCAUGAAACUUCAUAGGUACAUUGAUCAUGACUCGCAGAUGACCCCUAUUGAUUUUUAGGUCACUAGGUCAAAGGUCAAGGUCACGGUGACCCGAUCCAGUAAAAUGUUUUCUGGAUGAUAACUCAAGAAUGCUUACGCCUAGGAUCAUGAAACUUAAUAGGUACUUGAUUAUGACUCGCAGAUGACCCCUAUUGAUUUUCAGGUCACUAGGUUAAAGGUCAAGGUCACAGUGACUCGAAACAGUAAAAUGGUUUCCAGAAGAUAACUCAAGAAUGCUUACGCCUAGGAUCAUGAAACUUCAUAGGAACAUUGAUCAUGACUGGCAGAUGACCCCUAUUGAUUUUCAGGUCACUAGAUCAAAGGUCAAGGUCACAGUGACUCGAAACAGUAAAAUGGUUUCCUGAUGAUAACUCAAGAAUAAUUAGGCCUAGGAUCAUGAAACUUCAUAGGUAAAUUGAUCAUGACUGGCAGAUAACCCCAAUUGAUUUUCAGGUCACUAGGUCAAAGGUCAAGGUCACAGUGACAAAAAACAUAUUCACAAAAUGGCUGCCACUACAACUGACAGCCCAUAUUUCAUUAAUUGUAUGUGUGUCCAAAAACUUGAACCUUGGUUAAAGUAUAUUAACUUUUGCAAUUGAAGAUAGCAACUUCAUAUUUGGCAUGCGUGUGUAUCUCACUGAGCUGCACAUUUUAAGUGGUGAAAAGUCAAGGUCAUCCUUCAAGGUCAAAGGUCAAAUAUCAUUGUAUUUUUCUUUCCUAAAACUUUAACCCAUUUAUGCCUAGUGGACUUUCCCAUCCAGCUAAAUUGAAUCAAUUUAUCAUAACUGGCAGAUGACUCCUAUUGAUUUUCAGGUCACUAGGUCAAAGCUAAAGGUCACAUUGACAAAAAACGUAUUCACACAAUGGCUUGGACUACAACUGACAGCCCAUAUGGGGGGCAUGCAUGUUUUACAAACAGCCCUUGUUUUUACAUUGUUAUAGUUUUAUUUUGUAGACGCAAUUAGGUUAUUAUUCUCAUUAUUGUGGUAAUUUAGGCAUCACAGUGGAGUAAACCUGGUGUAUGAGUUUAAUUGCUGAAUUUUUGUUUAAAGACCUGUAUGUAACAAUGUAUUCAACAUGACCUCUGAGAACAGAGACUUAAGGUUUAAUGUAAAAAUCUGAUUUCAAUUUAUUCAAAGUUGUAAACUUUAAUUUGUAAUGUUUUAUGUUCAUAGUUUCUCUCAAACCCAUUUUGUGGUACUAGUAAACACUUCAAUGGCACCUACCUAGCCAAUGAAGCAUUCAAUCAAUAUUUACAAGUGAAUAAAUCAUGACGUACUUUCAAUUGAUUAUGUGUGCAAUUUCCCCCCAUAUAUUUCUAUUUUGAUUAUAGUACCACUACUAUUAUAAGUGGGAUUUAUAUUUGUUCAAGUCUUAAGACUAACUGUAUGACCCAGGUCAUGGGAAAAUGGGUCUUAUGUUCAUGCUGACAUUCUGCUCAAUAGGUAAGCAGUCAGAUACAAAGUUUAGCAAGGUUUCGUGGUCUCAACAGCUGUCCAGGAGCUAGGCUGGAUGAAUAUGGCAUUAGACCCAUUGAGUGGCGUUCUGAGAAAACUGGGCAUUAUGCAUGUGCAUAGAGUGUAGUCCCAGAUUAGCCUGUGCAGUCCACACAGGCUAAUCAGUGACGACACAUUCCGCUUUUAUGACAUUUUUUGUUAAAAUGAAGUCUCUUCUUAGCAAAAAUCCAAUUUAGGCAUUAAGCGUCAUCCUAAAUUACCCUGUGCAAACUAUACAGGCUAAUGUGGGAUAAACUUUACGUCAAUUGAGUAAGCCCAGUUUUCCCAGAACAAGGCUAAAAAUAACUUCAAAGUUUGUGCUGUUUUCAAGUCGCCACUUAAAUAACAUUAUUAACUUUAUUUUUUAUACAAAAAUUCAAUAUGCCUAAAUUCCUUUGUAGUUGUCCAGAACUGGAAUUAAGUUAAUCAGCAGAUACGGCUGUGGAAAGACCCGUGCCAAGUUUGAGUUAGCAAUACCUGAACACCUUGCCGGCUCAAUCGCCUGAACAAAUGACUUAUCAUGUAUUGAGGACUUACAAGAGAUAUUUGGCUACUUAACAGUAGGCCAUUAAGACUUUCAGAUUGUGCUGUGUGCUAUUCCAUAUCUAUGCAGGAGAGAUAUGCCCACAUAUUGGGGCCUUUGUUUUAGGGCGAUUUAAGUUUCACGCUUUGUUACUGCAUUCAUAAAUCAAAUCUUGCUGAAAAGCCAUAACAGUUUGGAACUCAGGCCAGAGAGUUAAUGUUUAUUGUUCCUCAGAUUGCUUUGGAAAUGUAAGGCUGCACUAACAAAUAAAGCUUUUAUUAUAAACACUAUUUGAUGUACUGAACAAUACUAAUUUUAUUCCACUGUUAACUAAACUAUGCAAAGGAAAUGAACAUUAAUUUCAUGUUGCACAGUGUUUUACUCUUAUUUUCAUAAGUGAAAAUUAUAAAUACCCAUAAAAACUAUCUGAUAAUUUUAAAUUAACUAUUUAUUAAUUAACCCUUUCCCACUUAGAUACGUAUUUUGACGCAUUUGUAGUCCCUUAGAUAGUUACAUUUAAUUAAAUACCUUUUGUACUAAAUUGAAGUUUUAAAGGCUUCAUUUCCAACCCUUAGUUACUGAUGAGCAGCAAACAUCAUAAAACCUGAAAAGACUGCGAGUUACUUGCAGGAUGUUCUUGUUUUAUGCUGGUUGCAAAUUUUUCACUUUGCUUCUUAUUGGGGAAAGGUUUAAGCACUUUUUUGUUGAGAAACAUUAUGAUGGAUUGUUUUUAUUCAACGUUUGAAAAAAAUCUGGUUCAACUUCAUAGAUCCCAUGAAACAAACAAUAAAUACCAACUCUGGCGUAAGUUUGUUACAAAAACUGGUGAUGUGUCACAAAGCAAAGUAUUUAACAAAUGAUUGGAUAUUGGGUACAUGUCUACACGUCAGUGAAAUCUAAACCAAUCAGUCCAGAUUAUAGAUUGCACAUGUGUCAGUCUGUAC